AUGGCUGCAAGUGCCAGAACUAAGGAUGUCCGAAAAAUUCCACUUUUGGCAGUGUCAUACUACUACGAACACAGCAGGGUAGAAAUCCCUCCUGGAUUUAGUCAGCGCUUAAAGCUUUACAUUUUUCAUUACAUCCUGAACCUCGGGUUUGGUCUGGCACAAUUUUUUGACCACGUAGGUAUCAUCCCAGACGUCUAUUUCCUCAGGACUUUAAUGAAUCUGGUAAUACCACCACCAUUAAAAGAUAAACAUCUCAUUAUCAAGGACUUACGGUUCGAAGAAGUUGACGUAAGAAUUUACCAGCCAAAAAUGUCAAUCACUGGCCAAAGAAGAGGAAUUGUUUAUUUUCACGGAGGAGCCGGACAGUUUGGAAGCAUUCAUGCCUAUGAAAGAACAUGCCGCUACCUCGCCAGGAAAAGCAAUUCAGUGGUUGUGUCUGUUGGGUACCGCUUAGCUCCUGAGCAUCCAUAUCCAACCCAGUUUGAGGACUGUGUCACUGCCACCGUACACUUUAUGAGGACUGCACAAGACUAUGGAGUAGACCCUUCUCGCAUCAUCACCUGUGGGGAUAGCAGUGGAGGUACACUCAGUACUGCUGUUGCCCAAGCACUGGGGAACAGAAGAGAUCUCCCAAAGCUGAGAGCACAAAUCCUAAUAUAUCCUUAUUCCCAGUGUGUGGACUUUAAUUUGCCUUCUUAUCAGCAGAAUAAGAGAAUCCCUGUUUUGUUAAAGGAAAGAACCCUUUAUCUUGGUUUGAAGCAUCUUAACAAAGACUUGUCAGUCAUGGAAGCAUUGUUUAAAGGUUGUCAUAUUCCAGAAGAUUUGAAACCCAAGUAUCAGAAAUGGGUGAGUUCUGACUACAUCCCUCACGAGUUUAAAACGAGAGGCUACGAACCAAGUGCAACACAUCCAUUCUCCAAAGAAGUCUAUACAGAGGUCAAGAGUAUGUUUGACCCUGUUUAUUCACCACUGCUAGCUGAAGACAGUGUUAUUGAUCGCCUUCCUGAGGCCUUCAUUUUGACCUGUGAAUAUGACGUGCUUAGAGAUGAUGGGCUGCUGUACAAGAAACGAUUAGAGGACCAUGGUAUAAAAGUGACCUGGUGUCAUCUGCAAGAGGGAUUCCAUGGAUCAGUAUUCUUAGCUGUUUUUGGUGGGAUCAUAGGAUUCCAAUCUGGAUAUAAAGGCCUGCAAGAGAUAUCAAAUUUUCUAAGAUUAAUGUAA